AUGCUCCGCUCAGCACUGCUAUACUGCCUGGUCUUCAUGGCUGGGGUGGUGACCAGCCGGGAUCAGGGCACCCAGUCUGAGUAUAGCUGUACCUACUUCCCAGACAGCCUGCCCCACAUGCUCCGAGAGCUCCGAGAGACCUUCAACAGAGUGAAGUCUUUCUUUCAAACGAAGGAUCAGCUGAACAACAAGUUGCUAAAUGACUCUUUGCUUAAUGACUUUCAGGGUUACCUGGGUUGCCAAGCUUUGUCUGAGAUGAUCAAGUUUUACCUGGAGGCGGUGAUGCCGCAGGCUGAGAACCAAGACCCCGAUAUCAAGGAGCAUGUGAAUUCCCUGGGGGAAAAGCUGACAACACUCAGGACCAGACUGCGGCGCUGUCAUCGCUUUCUUCCCUGUGAAAACAAGAGCAAAGCAGUGGAGCAGGUGAAGAAUGCCUUUAAUAAGCUCCAAGAGAAAGGUGUCUACAAGGCUAUGAGUGAAUUUGACAUCUUCAUCUACUACAUAGAAAUCUACAUGACAAAGAAGAUGAAAAACUAAAGCAUC